AUGUUCACUUCAAGAUCGGUAGCAAGACUCGUCGCACGACGAGCAUGCUCUUCUAUUCCUCUGUACUCUUUUCCUGUGAGGCAGUUCUCCACAUCGAGACCUCUCGCCGUUAGCUACCACUCCUAUACUCUUCCCACCCACACAUCUACACCUCCCAGAAACGACGACGUUCCCGAAACAUCAAUAACACAACCUGAUCCUCUUCCCAAAGUCCACGAGACUCGCCCUCCUCCUCAACAGCCUCAGCAUCCUCAACCACCGAAGAAGCAAGAAGCUGCGACGACAACAACGACGCAGAAUGACGUUCCCGCCACCUCGGCAUCAGCGCCGAAGCUAAACGAGAAGGAAGCUCAGAAGCCGAAGGCCGCCCGACCGCGAUCCAAGCUACGCCCACGCAAGGCCGCUAUGAAAUUGACGCCCUCUGCGGUGGAGCAAUUAAGAGAGUUACUCGACCAGCCCGAGCCGAAGCUCAUCAAGGUCGGUGUAAGGAACCGAGGAUGCAGUGGUCUAGCGUAUCACCUCGAAUAUGUCGACAAGCCUGGCGCUUUUGAUGAGACGGUUGAGCAGGAUGGUGUCAAGGUCUUGAUUGAUAGCAAGGCUCUUUUCAGCAUUAUUGGAAGCGAAAUGGACUAUGUUGAGGACAAGCUCAAUCAGCGCUUCGUGUUCAAGAACCCCAAUAUCAAGGAGGAAUGCGGCUGUGGAGAGUCAUUCAUGGUCUAG